UUAAUAAGCAAAACUUAUAUUUCUAACUUUUGAACUUAGGUUGAAAAUUAGAGGACAAUCAUGUUUCUAUUUAAAAAAAUAUGUAUGAAGGUUUAAGAUCAAACUUUACAUUUUUCUUCAAAUCGUGCUGAUCUACGAAACAAACUAGAAAAUACUACGAUCUCUCUUAUGUCGAGUAUAUACUAAGUGUCAAUUGAGCUACCAAGUAGACACUUGCUCAAAACAAAAAAAUGAAGAACUAAACUUAAACUAAAAUGUUGAAUAGAAAAAUGUUUAAAGUUUGAAAAGAAAGAAAUAAAUUUCUUUUAGUUCAAGUAACAGAAUCCCACUAGUUUUGGAUAGUUACCGCUACAUCUCACUUCCUUUCUUCCAUUUUCUUUUCUUUCUUUCGUUGAAAUAUUCAAGUUCUAUACUCUGUUCUCUCUCUUUCUACGUGACUAAGUCCAAAUAACACGAGGAUUUCAGAUACCCACAUUUGAUUUUAUUAUACAGAAGGACAUUCAAAACAUGGUAGACAAAUCAGACAAGAAUGCCUCUUAUUGGUGAAGAACUAUUUUACUUUCAUGCAUUUUUUGCUAACCCUUUAAUUUUUCACGUCAUGGUUGUUUCCAAACGGUCGCUCAUCUUCAUUAUGGUUUGCAGGUUGCCUAAGCCUAAAUCUAGAACUGAUAUACAGUUUCAUGUCAGUGGGGUGCCCUUCAAUUUGGAUAGGGAUAUUAUAGUUGAAAAGUCAGGGAAGAUAGCGGAGUUAUUGAAAGAAAAAUCCGAGGACAGUAUCCAAGAGUUCCUCAGAAACAUACCAGCUCAUCCAAAUACAUUUGAACUUGUUGCAAGGUUCUGCCAUGGGUUUCGUCUGAAAAUGUCAUGUGAGAAUGUGCUUCCUUUAGCUUGUCUUGCUUUCUAUCUGGGGAUGACUGAAAGUCACAGCCCAAAUAAUCUGUUGAGCAAAGCACUUACCUUCUUUGAACAGAAAAUCCUCCCUAGCUGGAAUGAAACCAUUAAGGCUUUUCUUACAACAGAAGAUAUCAUGCAACAGGCAGUGGAUACAGGCCUUGUUGACGAAUGCAUCGAAUCUUUGGUCGGUAAGGCAGUGAAUAAUCCAUAUCUCCUUGGCGAACCGAUUGUGAAUUUCAUAAGUGACGAACUCAGUGAGGAUGACGUGCUUCAUCACAAUCCAAGUGCAAGAAGAAAACUCUUUGUUUCUGAAUGGCAGUCUGAGGAUUUGACAAUUCUGCCUCUUUCACUGUAUGAACUGACCAUUCAUUCCCUGAACCGGCAUGCUGUCCCGCUGAGAUUUGUAGCUGCAUCCCUUUUGAAGUAUUCAAAGAAGUGGGUGUUUUGCAGUGCUAAGGGAGAUGAAAAAAUUUCAGUAUGUAAAACAAACCGUCAAAGGGAAGUUAUAGAAGCAGUAGAAAGGCUAAUGCCUCAUCAGAAGGGACUAUUUCCUUGCACAAUAUUGUUUGAAAUGCUCCGGUUUGCCAUUCGUUUGGAAGCUAAUGCUGGUUGUAGAAAUGGACUUGAGUUGAGGAUAGGAAAGCAGCUUGAUCAAGCUACAGCAAGUGACCUUUUAAUUCCUUCUCGAGGCUAUGCUAAGGAAAGGCGUUACGAUAUUGAGUGUGUGAAGCGAAUUAUAAAGCACUUCUAUAGAGAUUAUGGUUCAAAUAUGGAAGGAUUAAUUGCCGCAGCAAAACUCAUUGAGGAAUUCUUGUUUGAGGUUGCUAGUGACAGAGAUUUGGAGAUUAAUGCAUUUGUUUCAUUAGUUGAAAUGUCAAGUGCCGCAUCAAUGGGAACUGAUAGGAGCUCCGAUGGAAUAUACAGAGCUAUUGAUACAUAUCUGGACAAGCAUAGCUUCCUGACAGAAUCUGAGAGAGAAGAAGUGUGCAGAGGGCUGGACUACCACAGGAUGUCAGCUGAAGCAUGUGAACAUGCCGCCAAGAACCAGCGACUGCCGUUAAGAAUCGUGGUCCAAGUGCUUUUUUUGGUGCAAUUACAGCUACGUGAUGCGAUUGUGAAGGAUAUUCAGCGUACGGACAACAAAUUGACACAGGACGAGGUUGAAAAUGAUAGAGAGUUGAACUUAAGUGAAGCAAUAGUAAAAAAUGAAAUGGAGAAAAUGAGCAACAAGGUGAUAGAACUGGAGAAAGAGUGUCAUGUGAUGAGGAAAGAGAUUGAGGAAGGCUGCGUCCACAUGGUGAAAAAAGAGAAGACAAACAUGUGGAGAGAAAUGAAAAGAAAGUUCGGUUGCAUAAAUAAGAUGAACAACUGCAAUUGCCAAGUUAAAAAGAAAAGGGUUCAUCCAAAAUUAGGGACUUGAGUAACAGGCAUCUGAUCAUCCUAUAAACUCUUCUGUAAUUAUUUGAUUUCAUGUUUUUGCAUUGUUAUUUAACUCAUAGUGAAUAAAUCUCCAAGUUCUUAGGCAUCAAGCCAAAAAAUUUCCCCAAGGUUUAUUCCUUUGCCCCCCUGCUUUUCCACAUCAUGUAACAUUGACUUUACAACGUCCAUAAUUUUAAUUGUAAAAAAAAUGUUUAUGGUUUUUUUAUAAAA